GUUGGCAAUGGCAACAAAAGAUAAUGAGGAGGAGCGUAAUAAUUUGGGUUUUGUUAUUUCCUUUUUGAGAGGCCUAAUUUAAACAAAAGUGUCAAUUUAGUGAAAAAAAAAAAAAUUGUUGAAAACUAGGUAAUUGGCGAUUCAAAUUUAACUAGUAGAAAAUGGAUUCCGAAGAAGAAACCUACGAUGAUGUCGACUCUGGAAACGAAUCUAGUGGGGAUGAUGUUGAUUUUCCUAUGGAGGUUGAAGUUACAGGACACAGAGAAAAGCAAACUGACUCUGAUGAUUAUCCUUAUGAAGUACUCAGCACUGAGGAAAUUGUACAAGACAUGGUGGAUUCCAUUAAAGAAGUUAAUUCUGUUGUAGAGAUUCCAGCAACUAUAACCCGUAUACUUCUAAACCAUUUCCGAUGGGACAAGGAAAAACUUAUGGAAAGAUUCUAUGAUGGCGAUCAAGAUCAACUUUUUAUUGAAGCAAGGGUCAUAAAUCCUUUCAAGAAACUCAACAUCGCUACCAGAAUGAAAUUUACUAAGAAAACAACAAAUGGAACCGAAGAAUGUGAAAUCUGUUUCAUGAUAGUACAUUCAUCUCACAUGACAGGGCUGGAAUGUGGCCACAGAUUUUGUGUUCAUUGCUGGUGUGAAUAUUUGACUACCAAAAUCAUGGAAGAAGGCGUAGGACAAACAAUUGCCUGUGCGGCACACGGAUGUGAUAUCUUGGUUGAUGAUGCUAGUGUGAUGAGGUUGGUCCGUGACUCCAAAGUUCGCCUGAAGUAUCAACAUUUGAUUACAAAUAGUUUCGUUGAAUGCAACCGUUUACUAAGAUGGUGUCCAUCUCCGGACUGCAGCAACGCAAUCAAAGUGCAAUACGUUGAACCACAUCGAGUGACUUGCAAGUGUCAUCACACCUUUUGCUUUUGUUGCGGCGAGAAUUGGCACGAUCCCGUCAAGUGUCAUUUGCUUAAAAAAUGGAUCAAAAAAUGCGAUGACGAUUCAGAAACUAGCAACUGGAUUGCUGCAAACACCAAAGAAUGUCCUAGGUGUAAUGUGACUAUAGAAAAAGAUGGUGGUUGUAACCAUAUGGUUUGCAAAAAUCAGAAUUGUAAGGCUGAUUUUUGUUGGGUUUGUUUGGGACCUUGGGAACCGCAUGGCAGUUCUUGGUAUAAUUGCAAUAGGUAUGAUGAAGAUGAGGCAAAAGCCGCUCGCGAUGCCCAAGAAAAAUCUCGUUCGGCUCUACAACGGUAUCUUUUCUAUUGCAAUAGAUACAUGAAUCAUAUGGCAUCACUAAAAUUCGAAAAUAAGUUAUAUGCCUCAGUGAAAGAAAAGAUGGAAGAAAUGCAACAGCAUAAUAUGAGCUGGAUUGAGGUCCAGUUCUUGAGAAGGGCUGUGGAUAUUCUGUGUCAGUGUAGGCAAACUCUUAUGUACACAUACGUGUUUGCGUACUAUCUGCAGAAAAAUAAUCAAUCUGUGAUUUUCGAAGAUAACCAAAAGGAUCUUGAGAGCGCUACUGAGACACUAUCGGAGUAUUUGGAGAGGGAUAUAACGUCUGAAAAUUUAGCUGAUAUUAAACAAAAAGUGCAGGACAAGUACAGGUACUGUGAUAGCCGAAGAAAGGUGCUUCUCGAACAUGUUCAUGAAGGCUAUGAAAAGGAAUGGUGGGAUUAUAAUGAAUAAAAUUCAUUUUCCGUUCCGUUCCGUUAUCUAAUUUUAGAUAGUAUUUAUUCUUUAAAAAUUGCCUUGUUACCUCAACCCUGUGGAACAAUCUUCAUUUACUAUUUAUUUAUUAUACUGCGCCAUUUCGCCGCUUCUAUUUCAUAUUCUUGCCAAAACGUUCAAAGCUCUAGUAUCUAUAUUUUGCUGACAAAUACAUUUUUUUUUUUUUAAAUUCAUGUAACGAUAUGAAAUAGAGGUGGGGCGCACCACCGAUAUGUAUUGUUAUUUUUAGACCAUGGUCUAGAUUUUCACAAGCACUAGAUCAGGAAUUUUGACUGAUUUAUUCAGAUUUAAUUUGUUGAUUAUAUUAUAUUUUCAUCUAAAUACAUUUGUAAUACCUUUUAUUAGAUACUUUUCUAGGUAAAUUUUAUUAUUUAUUUGUUAUAGUAGGUAAUUUCUCGAUUUAAUGAGUUUGUUUCUAUUUUCACUGCAACAGAAAAUAUUUUAAAUUAAAUACUUAGAUUUGUUACAAAAAAAAACUUCUAAGGAAAUUUAGAUUUAAGUGGUAGAAAAAAUAUUAUUUGAGAAAAGUUUUACAUGCAUUGCUACCUCAGGUGGCACACAUUUAAUUCCUACAAUUACAUUUGGGUUUUCCUUUAGAUGUAAAAAGUAAUAACUACUCUGGCUAGUGGUUUUACCAUGCCUGGUGAUACAAGAGAAAAAAGGAAAACCGGAAUGUGGAAAUUAAAGGUGGACCCUCACAAUAUGUGACUGUGUCACAGAGUUGUUGACCAGUUUUGCAUGUUUAAAAUAGAAACUGCGUUUAACCUUCGUCUUCCCGGGUGGGGUACAAAUGUACUCCAGAAAACAAUUUUUCUAGCAUAUUUUCCCAAAAAGUGCAUAUUUUUUGUGACUAAUUUUAUUUUGUGUCAGUGAGGGCUUGGCACAUAAUUAGUGAUCAUCAAAAAUUUUCUAUUUAUUUAUUUUUUAGAAAUAAUAAUUUUUGAAUAGCGUGGGGCACAUUUACCCAAUGACAUACUCCACGUGGGAAUCUGUGGCUACUCUAUCAAGUAGUCACCUUGCAGGAAAUUUGCAGGUUGGAAAUAGAUUUCCAACCUGCAAAAUUCAGAAAUCACGAUAAUAAAGCUAAUCAAGAAGUAUCUGUGCAACAGGAAGAGAACGAAAGUUUACGGGAAGUAGAAGCCAGAAAAAUGAUUUAUAAGUCGCAAGCAUUGGUCGAAAAUACCAUUUGCUAUUUAUUUUUUUUCCCUAACUGUACUCUAUAGAUUGAUUUUAUCUAUUAUAACUGUUUAGUAUAAAUAAAAUCAUGUUUAAGUAUCAGAAGUAUCAUUUUUAUCAUGGGGUGCGAAUGUACCCCACGUGGGAAUCUACAUAAUUUUUUUUGACGUGGGAAGACGAAGGUUAAAUAAAAUUAAAGUACAAAUAUCUACAUGCGAUCCAACUGACACUGUCGAUGUGAGAAUCCACCUUAAUUCGAAUGCAGCUAAUGUGACAUUAUGUACUGCUACAAAAUACUCGUGCACUCCUGUGACAUUGUUACAAAUGAAAAAACUAAAUUUGGUAUGGAGGUCGCAUUUUCGUGAAUGUCCAGAUUGAGCAACUGUGGUUGAAAAACUUUGCCAAGUUUUCAAUAUUUAGAGAAGUUUUUAUUUUACUUUUUAUUUUUCUUAUUUCUAAUUAACGUUUUUGACUUGAAGUGCGAAGAGAGUAGGCAGCUAAUGCAACAUUAUGUACUGCUACAAAAUACUUGUGCACUCCUGUGACAUUGUUACAAAUGAAAAAACUAAAUUUGGUAUGGAGGUCGUAUUUUCGUGAAUGUCCAGAUUGAGCAGCUGCGGUUGAAAAACUUUGCCAAGUUUUCAAUAUUUAGAGAAAUUUUUAUUUUACGUUUUAUUUUUUUUUAUUUCUAAUUAACGUUUUUGACUUGAAGUGCGUAGAGAGUAGGAACUGUUGGCUCUUUUUUUGAAAAAUAGUUGCGUUCUGAUUUUAUGUUGUAGAGUUUUUUUGUGUUCAAAAUCGUCCAUAUUGUUAAAUAUUUCUAGUCAAACUUGAUACCCUUGUAUGUAGAGUGCUUUGCCUUUGUUGGAACCGCGUGUUCGUUUGUUUUCACCUUUGUUAAUUUUAAAGGUUAAAAACGCACACGAACAUUGCAUUUGUGGGUUUAAAUGUUGCUGAGGUAUAGGAAUUAUUCAAUUAUCAACCCCUUUUUUAAAAUUUUGGCAGGGACUUGGAAUUCUUUUGUUUCUCAAUGGCAGAAUAAUUAUUUUCGCUUGUGAUACAUACAUACAAUUGAAGAAUUUGAUACUUUGUGCACUCUGACAUGGUUGUUUUGAGAAUAUACGGAAAAAAAUUAAACGACACAAUUUAUUGAAAAAACUCAAAAAACUGAUAUCAUCUCAGGUUAAGGUAUAGUGCCAAUUUUGUGAAUUUUCUUAAAUCAAUUUGUUCUUUUAUGUUAGGUGUGGAGUUCAACAUCGUGCAGUACCCACAGUAGAAGAUUGAAGUGUUUUCAAUCCCUUCUCGAAAUAAGCUAGAAUAACGAUUUCAUUCACUUUUUUGAGGUUUUUGUGCAAACACCAAUAUUUGAACCCUUUGUAGCAUUUUCAUAUUGUGUUGUUGGUUUUUCUGGGCAAAAUGGUUGCAGCUGCGGAAUGAGCUGCAUCUAUAAUAUCGAGAGGUACAAAUUCUUCUGCAAUUUUCAUUUUGAAUCAAUAUUUUUGCAGUAUUAUGCGGCGUAGAUCAAACUGGAAAAAAACGUUAAAACAUGCCAUUAUUUAGUCAUCUUUUUUCCUUGGCAACCAAAAAAAAAACGGGCUGUGCUGCAAUACAAUUUCCUUGUAAAAUUAAUUUUGAUAUUACCCAAAAUUAUUUCCAUUCUGUCUGUAGAAAAUAAAAAAAAAACGUUUUAUAAAACUCGAGUGCGAAAUUUCUUUGGUGCUUUCGACUGAUUUUUUGUCACGGCUUACACCUCGACAAAAAACUGUCAUUAUCAAGGACCAGAGUAUUAUUUCAUAAAUAACUAUUUUUUCGAGAAAAUAAUCACAAAUUUUUAAUUUUAAGUAGUACAUAUUUGACGGGGCUCUAUGGAUUAGAAUAUCUAAUAAAAGCUACAGUGACUUAAUAAACCUUCACCUACAGUGGCGACAACAGAGGUCCGGCCGCCCUUCCUUUUGGGGCUUACCUUUUGCUAAUUUUAAUUAUGAGUAUAUAGGAUUUAAAUAAACAUCCAUAAUAAAAAAUUGAAAACAACGUAUUUGAUGACUAUUUUUAAGGACAUCAAAUAGGUUGUUUUCAAUUUUUUAUUAUGGAUGUUUAUUUAAAUCCUAUAUACUCAUAAUUAAAAUUAGCAAGAGGUAAUCCCCAAAAUGGAGGCGUUUUCAAUAUGAAUAUAUAGGAUUUUAAAUAACCAAUCAGAAAAAGGAGGGCAGUUGUCGCCACUGUGGUUUAAUAGAUAGAGUCACUGUAAUAAAAGCUAACUUUAGUUCCUAUAGUGAUCUAUUUGUAAAAGAAUGUACAUAUAGUAGUAAAUUAUAUUAAAACUUUCUUGUAAAUAUAUUUUUAGGAUCUGAUUAGAAGGAAAGGCAGGUUUUUUAAAAAACUUAAGCAAAAAUUAAUUUGAUGACUCUAACUAUGCAAUAAUGUUUCCAUAAUAAUUAAAAAUUAAGGCUGCACCAAUUUGCAAUAAAACAUGAAAGCAAAAUUGCUGGUUCAUCUGCAGUCCUAUAUAAGGACACUACAAAUAAAAAGCAGCAAAUUAAUUUAUUGCACGACAAAUAUUAAUUUGGAAGUUUGAAUAAUAUUUUGUUAAGAACGCAACAGUAAAUAAUGUUAUUAAUAUUCCUAUCCCUACAGCAAUUUUUUUCUGAAUGAGAAAUUUACGAGUUUUUGCCGGGUGUUCAUUUUAGGUUACGCAUCUGUCAUACAUGUAAAGUUGUUCAGAUAAAUAAAUUAAGAAAAGUUGCCUAGGCAACGGAUCUUUGAAAUUUCCGUUGUUUUAUUUCAACUUUGUUUUAUACUGUGAUUAUUUGUUGCGAAAACUGUUUGUUUAGGGGCGACUCUAAAGGGUGGUUCGUCAUUUUGUUUUCGUUUUUAAAGAUAAAAUGAUGAAAUUUGGAACAGGCAUGCAUUCUUUGACGCAUUUAUUUGCUUUCUAUUGCUUCGAGUUUGAAUGGAAAUUUCCAUACAUGCAGUUUUAUUUUUAAACGGUACCUGCUACUGGUAUAUUUACAUAUACACUUAAGUGCAUAGAAAUCGGCCCACUGCUAACUUUUGACUUAACGAAUUUUUUUUUUAGAAACUAUUCAUAUGAUUAUUAUUAUAAUACAUAAUUCUAUCUCAUAUUAGAUGAUAAUAAAUUGUUUUUCAAAUGGCGUAUGUAUUUGUUUUUUUAAUCUCGUGGAGUUUCUAAAAAAAAAUUGUUGAAGUCAAAAGUUAGCAGUGGGCUGAUUUCUAUGCACUUAUUAAGUGUAUUUAAUUGAUGCUUAUUUUGGUAGACUCUAACAUCAUAUUUGUCACUUUUUAACCUGAAUUUUUCAAGUGAUUUGAAAUAUCAUUUCCCAUCUGGAGUGCAAACAAACAAACAAAAAAAAAAUGCAAAACAGAAUGAUAAUGACCAACCAUUGUUCCAUUUAGAAAAUAAAUCGGAUAAAGGUAAUAGAGGAUUCUUCCAAUUGUAGUUGGAGUUAUUGAAGAAAUUUAAACCAACAACAAGAACUGAUUUUUCAUAAAUGCCUACUAACCUUUUCAGCACAAUUAGGUACCGGAGGAUAUGAUAGGGGUCAAAAAGUGAUAAAUAGUACUUUUUGUGCUGAAGGCAAACACGAACCUGCUGUCCCAUUUAAAGCGGAAGUGAUAGAAAACAAAUAAGUGCUUGUUAAUGUACCUAAUAUGGUCAUGGAGGUACCACGUUUUAUUUGCUUAUGUUUAAUUAUUUUGCUAUUGUAAAAGUAUUAAGGUCUGUUCCAACAUGUCAAAAACCACCUCCUGAACGGUUUCAAAACCACUGUGUAUACGAACUCAGGAUUCUAGACACAAAUUGUAGGUUUUGCGCACAAUCGUGAUGGUAAAUUGUAUGGUUUCCUAUUAUGUUGGAACAUUGAAUCAUUAUUUUAAAACGUCAUUCAUAUUCAAUACGCAGAAACUUAUUUUUGAUUUUUGUAGUGGGUACAAGUACUGAUUUGGAAUAUUUUGCCCAAAAGCUUCCGUUGAAAAUUGGAAAAAAUCUUCGAAUAGACAAAGGUUUAGCUUUUUUCGAGCUGAUUUUAACUACCUAUUUUAUUGAGUUUUAUUCUAAUAGUUAGAGAUAAAAACGUAAAAGCCUAUGAGUGUUCAGGAGGUUAUUUAUUAUUAUUAGUUAGCAAAUUUCGUUAUUGUUUUUUUUUUUUUUUCAUCUAAUAGUAUAUUCUAUUUUAUAUUAUGUAUCUUAGUAUUUUAUUAGGCAAACAAAAAGGACGGAGAUUCGUUUUGAGUUCGACAGUGAAGCGAUAAGAUAUAGUGAUAUAGUUUUGCGAACAGUUAAGUUUGAUAUAAGUUUAGUAGUUUUGCGUGAUGUAGUAGUGCUAGUUUUGUCGUGAUUUUUGUCUUACUGUCUUGAAUAAAAAUAAAUUUAUUUAAUUUAGGAAACGUAGCCUCACUUAUCUAUGAUCCCG